AUGGCUUCACCAGCUACCUCAACAAAUCCGGCGAAGCGCAAGAAACCAAAUUCGAUUCGCGCAGAUGCAACUGGGCCGUCGAGGAAGACUGCUACAAAUGCAAGGCGCCCGGGUCCAAAGAGCAAGAGGAAGAACGAACCAGUGGAGGAGGAACACGAGGACUCAGACGCUCAUGAGGUAGCGAUGGAGGAUGCGAACGAAUCUGGAGAAGAGGACGUAGACAUGGAGGAGGAGGAACCCAGACCGGCGAAACGGGCGAAACAACCUGCCUCAGGCAGGUCUGCACCAACCGCCGCGGGCCAAUCGAAGGGAAAAGGCAAAGCAUCUGUCGCCACUAUCAAGAAACCUAAUCCUAAAUCUUCGGGGAACGGGAAGCAGGUCGAGGUGCUUGAGGCGGACGAGGAAGAGGAGGAGGAAGACGGUAUCGCUGCGGCGUACAACAGGGCCAAUGCCUCGAAUGCAGACAAGGCACGGAAACCUACAGCGAGCAGGCAACAACAGUCGAAAUCGACACAGGAAACCAAAUUGCUGAAGGAGAAUGCUCGAUUAAAGGAGGAAGUCCAGAGGUUAAGCAGUCACCUAGCAGACAUGAAGGCCAAGUUUGAGGAGCUGAUCAAUAUAAGGGAAACGGAACCCGAAGCACUGUUAAGGGAACAGGACGCCCAGUUUCAAACACAACUUCAAGCCCAAAAGGAUCUUAUCUCUGACCUACAUGCACAACUCGCAAAGAAGGAACCUCUGCUUCGGCAUACCUCUGGGAAGCGAGCUGCCAUUAACUUGCUGACUCGAGAGGAGGCGGAUGAAGAAAUCAAGAACUACAAGAUCCAAGUUCAAAAUUUGAAGCACGAACUCGGUGAAACAAAGCGAGUCGUUACUUCCAAGGAGAAGGAUAUUGAAGGGCUACAGCAAGAAAUCAAGGAGAUCCGCUUCGAGCUUAAGACCGAGAUAGAGAGAGGCAAGACACUGGCCGCGCGCCCAGCAGCCCCCUCUUCUGUCAAUCGCAAUGGUCCAAUGGCAUCGGGAACGAAUGAAGUACAGUCAACGAAGGUCAUUAGACUGUACGAGGACUUGACGAAUGUCCUCAUUUCUGGUGUCAAAUGUGCAAAGAACACAUAUGGUGCCGAGGACUGGACGUUCAACUGCGUCUAUACGCACACUGACCCGCUGCAGCCCGAGCUCGACGGUGGACCUUCUCCAUCCCUAAACUUCCUUCUCCGCUUCUGCAACGAACCCCCUGCUGGCCAGCCAUAUAAACCCGGCAUGAAGCUGACCGAAAUCAUUCAUUUCCAACCACUGGAACUGGACAAAGAGACGCCUGAAUUCAUCGAAAAACUGGGUUUCCUGAAGAAUCCAUUCUCUUUCAAUAAAGGACAAUUAGCUCUCCUUGUCAAGACAUUGAGCGAGGCACUGGGUGACUCUGAUGACGGCGACGACGACGAUGACGAUGAUAUGGAAACGUAGUCUUGUAUUUCCUUCCACCCUUCUGCGAUACCCCUCCGCCACUUCUUCCGUUUACUUUAUUCAGUAGUCUCACGGUUCAUGUAGUUAGUAGUCUCUUGGUUGUCUAUAAUCUACUGGAUUUCUCCUCCUA